AUGGCGAUAGUUGUAUUACUUCUGUACGCUGUUGUACAUACGGCGUACGGAAAUAGCCUGAAGCAAAGUGAUAACUGUUUAUCCAAUAUAGACGAAACAGUGCGCAACCAUGUACAGGAAAUUCGGAAUGAAUUUCGCAUUCAAUUUGAAAAGUUGGAAAAGGAGAAUUCUGCUUUAAGAACGGACCUUGUGACCCUGAGAACAGAAGUUUCUGUUUUGAAGACAAAAGCUCAGUUAGGACAACAGACGAUUCGCUCGUUGCCUACAAAUGAUCUGACUUCGCCAAACACCUUACAAAGUACCUCUGAAAUAGAAUCAAAUGUCACACACAACAAACGAAGGAAAACCAGAGUGGCUCCAAUCCGAAGUUUACAACUACUUGACCAAACUGAAAUUGUGAUUUAUAUGUGGCUAAAUUCUGUCAAAGCCAAAAACAGUUAUCAUGACAAGGGAGAUGAACAUGCACCACAAGUCGCCUUUCAAGCUAAGUUAGACAACUCACAACUUACCAUUGGUAACAGUCAGACGAUUAAGUUUCACGCAGUCGAUUUUAACCUUGGAGAUGCCUACAACCAUCAGACAGGUGUGUUUACCUGUUUAAUACCUGGGACUUACAUGUUUCAUUUGACAAUGGUCGUGGAUCUAGGCAAGUAUGCACAGUUUUACCUGGUGAAGAAUGGACACGACUUUGGGCGUCUAUUUGUUGGCAAUCAAAACCACACCGGGAGUAGUUCAACGUCAUCCCUGAUAGAACUGGAAGCUCAGGACAAUGUCUGGAUAGAAUCUACAACUGUGCAUUCCACAGGCAAUGUAAUGAAGUAUUCAUGGUCCUACUUCUCCGGCGUUUUGUUGUUUCAAAGAAUAUAG